GAAAUAAUAGAAUAAGAGGGGAGGAGGGGAAGCUGCUUUGGGAGUUUUUCUGUUUUUUGUUUUUUUUCAAACAGCAACUUCUAUAGCCAAUGCAUCGUCUGGUACUAUGGAAACUAAAGUAUUGACCAAUGAAAAUGAUGGAGUCGACUAUGUUGCAGGGUCGUGAGAGGUAUGAGUGGCUCGUUGGCGCCCACUGCUGUCGCGGCCGGGAGCCAGUGCUGGUGAUGGGGACAUGGGCCUCUCCCUCAGGGCUUCCACCGCGCUCCACACACGCCGCCACCACCACCACCACCGCUGCCUCGUUCACUGGGACACCACGAAAACACGCUACCGCAGGCCUGUCCGUAAAACACAACACUGGGUCCAGAGCUCUUGGUAGAUGUUCCAAGUAGCCUUCUCUGAUGAGGAUGUCUGGUCCUGGCACUGACAAGGAGACGAGUGAAACAAUGAGAGUUCUGGAGGAGGAGAGUGACCCGGCGCCAGAGGUCCAAGGCCAGACCUCCGGGUCUGACAGCAAAGACCGGCCCGAGCCAGUCAAGGAGGAAAGCAGCCAGGACAACCAGAAGGAGAUGCAGCAGCAAGGCUCUGGACAUACAGGGAUCAGGUCCAAGUCUAAUGCAAAGUUAAAGUUAGUUCGGAGCCUGGCCAUUUGCGAAGAGCCCUCUCCUCCAUCUGUUUCCACAGAAAUGCCUGGAGAACAUCAGGGUGAGAUUGAGGUCCAGCUUUCACAGUCGUUUGACAAAGAGGAGACGGCUCCACCCAAGAGCGAGGAUGGCAAAGACAGAUGCCCUGACAAGCUGGAGAAGGCUGAGAAAACGCCACGGAAGAUGCUGUCUCGAGAUUCUAGUCAAGAAUACACAGACUCAACUGGUAUCGAUCUCCACGAAUUCUUGGUGAACACACUGAAAAACAAUCCCAGGGACCGAAUGAUGUUGCUGAAGUUGGAGCAAGACAUUCUGGACUUCAUCAGUAAUAAUGAAAGCCAGAGAAGAAAAUUUCCUCCGAUGACCUCAUAUCAUCGAAUGCUGCUGCACCGGGUUGCUGCAUACUUUGGCUUAGACCACAACGUUGACCAGACCGGGAAAUCUGUCAUCAUCAACAAAACUAGCAAUACAAGAAUACCAGAUCAAAAAUUUUCAGAGCAUAUCAAAGAUGACAAAACAGAUGACUUCCAGAAACGCUACAUUCUGAAAAGGGACAAUGCCAGCAUAGACAAAGAUGACAACUUGCUGCGAAUGCGCCUGAAGGAGGACAGGAGGAGUAAGUCUAUAGAGGAGCGAGAGGAGGAGUAUCAGCGAGCCAGGGACAGGAUAUUUGCCCAAGAUGGUCCUGACAGCUUCCCUCCUGACAAAAGGAUACAGGAGGACGACGGCUAUAACAACACACAGCAAAGACGACAGAUUUUUAGGUUAAAAGACAGCCGGUCGGGAAACAGCCGGCAGAGCAGUUCAGAGAACGAGCCCAGGUACUCGGAGCCGCGGCCGUGGAGCAGCACCGACUCGGACAGCUCCAACCGCAACCUCCGUCCGGCCAUGACCAAGGCUAGCAGCUUCAGCGGCAUCCCCGUGCUCAUGCGCGGCGACAGCUGCAACAGUAGCAAGAGCACUGGACGCCUCUCCAAGACAGGUUCUGACUCGUCUAGUAGUGUAGGCUCGUCCACGGGCUCGCUCUCUCGCUCCCAGCCGCCCCUCCUCCCCGCCCUGCCUCUAACCCAGCAGCCAGGCCCUGGCGCGCCCCUUUCCUACCCUGCCGUCAGCCCUGCUGGUCCCGCACCCUACAAGGGGUGCCGGGGGGGCUCCUCCUCCUCCUACACAGCGCCCUUGGCUAACCAUAGCUACUAUUUGCUUCCUCUGGAAGCCACCGGGAUCUCCCCCAGCGGUAUCCUGUUGAACCCGCACACAGGUCAGCCCUUUGUGAAUGCUGAGGGCAGUGCGGUGCUCUAUGGCCCCACCCUGGGCGCACAGCCUGGUAGGCCCCAGCAGCCUCCCCCAGUGCCACCUGGCUCUGCCAACCACGUCAUUUCCCAGUCUGCACCUCCUCCUCCUCCUCCUCCUCCUCCUCCUCCACCUCCACCACCUCCACCUCCUCCAGCCAUUCGGUCCUUGCUGCCGCCCGUGUUGCCGUCGGCUCAGCCUGUCCACUACCACGCCACGGCCUCUUACGCACCUCCGUUCUUCUCCGCCUCUCCUAACCAGCACUACACUGUGCAAGAGAACCUGGGAGCCCAGUUCAGCCACAUGAGCCUGGCCCACCACCAGCUGCUCGGCGACGGCCGCGAUGCGCCGCACCACACUGCCAUGUACCCCUCAUCCGUCCUGCUGCAGGGACCCCCGCCCCAACAGCAGACAGGCUACAUGGUGACACCAGCAGGGCACCCCGGGGUGCCUGCCGGCGCGGCCUACGCCACCCCAGGCCAGACGCCCCAUGCCCAGCCACUGCUGCACCACCACCACCACCACCACCAGCAGCAGCAGCAGCAACAACAACAACACCACCAACAUCAACAACAACACCACCACCACCAUCAUCAACAACAACAACACCACCAACACCAACACCACCACCAACAGCAGCAGCAGCAGCAGCAAACUUCCCAGCAGGGCUACAUGCAGCAGCCACUGCAGCAGAUGGCCUCGUGUUACUGUGCUCCGGGUCAGCAGUACCCCCUCUCCAGCCAGCAGUACCGGCAUGUGGGCAGCGUGGCGUACAGCAGCCCCCCCAACCAGCCGAUGGCCACCGCCGCCGCGCCCCCACCCCCAAAUCAGCAGCCAGGUUAUCAAACUGUGAUGCCAAAUCAAGCGCAGAGCUACCAGAACAUGGUUGGGGUGCAGCAGCCUCAGAGCCAGGGCCUGGUCAGUGGCCAGCACAGCAAUAUGGGAACCCAAAUGCAAGGCAUGAUGGUGCAGUAUCCCUCCAUGCCAUCUUAUCAGGUAUCCCUGCCUCAAGGCUCUCAGGCUGUAGGCCAGCAGCCGUAUCAGCAGCAGAUCAUCAUCCCCAACCAGUCCAGCCAGGGUACCAUGCCUGCCACGGGGGUCCAGGUCUACUACAGCAUCGUCCCACCAAACCAACAGAACACCCUUAGCUCCUCGGUGGGGUUUUUGCCGCCUCCAGGGUCGGAGCAGAUGCCGUUCCCUCGCACGUCGCCCCCCUGCGGCUCCCAGCAGCUCCCUGCCCAGCAGUGUUCAGGUGUGUCGGGCCCUCCGCCCCCUGGUGGCGGGAUGGUGAUGAUGCAGCUGACCAUCCCACCCAAUCAGCACAAGACCCACUCGCCUCCCCAGUGGAAGAACAACAAGUACUACAGCCUGGACCACGGGAGGAACCACAAGGGCCCGGACCUAUCCAGCCUGGACACCUCACAGAGUAGCCCUCAGCUGGGCAGCCCCUCCUCCUCCCCCUCCCAGUCCCCGUCCCCAGCACACUUGACCAACGUGAAGAGCAUACGCCCGGGCCUCCCCACCCUUCCCAUCAUGCAGCAGUUCUCAAGAUCAUUCGGUCCAGGUCAAGCUGAUCCCCGGUACCCUCUGCUUGGUCAGCCCCUCCAGUACAAUCCCCAAGUCCAUCCUCCUCUGCUCCACGCUCCACCCAACCACCAGGGGCCUGGAGGAAUGAGGCAGGGAGGUCGAGGGCGGAAGCAGCCAAGGAAAGCGCUUUCAGCAGAUCUCAGUGUAGGUGAAACAGUAAGCGAGCAGGUCCUGGAGAUGACAAACAUGCCGUCAGGCGUUGGCCGGACGCAGGCGGACCCCUUGUUCAGGGAACUGUGACCUUGACUCUUUGGAUGGGCAGCUGGGACCGGCACUGCACAUGUCCCAUCAAGGGGGUUGGGGGGGGGGGGGGGGGGGGCUCUUGAGGCCAGUGCCCGCGCUCCAGCGCUCCAGCCAUGGCAAGUAGUCCUGGCCUCCUCUGAGGCCCACGGGCCGUGUGUGUGACUCCAGACUGGUGGCACAGAGGGGGAGGGGGGGCAGUCGCACUGCACCAUGCCCACACUGUGUCUUUACAGACUGGCUCGGUCUGAGUACAGGACAUGGCCUCAGUAGGCCAGCUCCCCAGUGAGAGGGACCCCCCUUCCCAACUAUACACACAUCAACGCAUGCACACGUGCACACAAACACACACACACACACACACACACACACACACACACACACACACACACACACACACACAAAGCCACCAGAAUCUUCCCUCUGCCCUGUCAAUGCUCCGUUGCCAUGACUAUCUACAUCCAGUUCCAUUUGAAAUUAGACUGUGAUAAGUUUGUGAUUCUUUUCCCCCUUUUGAUUUCUACAAAUGUGUGGCGGUUUAGGUUUUCCUCUACACACUGAAAAAGAAAAAAAAAGGAAAAAAACUGAAGCCACAAGAACAUUUAAAAACAUAGACAGAAAAAAACUUGAAUGAAAUCUAGAAUUCUGUCAGCUCUCUUGAGAAUUGAUAGGAAUAUGUCGAAUGGCAGCCUCAUUGUUUUGUUUGUUUGUUUGUUUGUAUGUUAUUUAGGAGGAUUUUUAUUUCGAAAUUUUAUUUGUGAAAUACAUUUUCAGACCUGAACCUCAGUUCAAUGAUUGUUUAAUCCCACACCCUCUCCCCAACCGUUCACCUUUCCUCAUCCACAGGUGCAAAAGAUUUCGCCAUCUCACAUGCCAGUGGUCACUCGGUGAAGCCUGCGGCUGCACGUUAGGUCUCUAUUGUUGUGCCUUCUACCAAAUGUCUGCUUCUCUUCUCUCAACGGAAGAAAACGGAGACACGUUUUACAGUGAAGACCCACAUCGUGUUUUUUGUAAAUAAUUUAUAACGUCUCGAUAGUUGCUUCGUUUUCUCAAUGAAUGUUUGUAAAACGUCCAAACACAAGCCAAAAAGCCUUGUGUUGAAAAGCCUGUAGAUAACCUCAUUUCACAAAAGCCAUCGACUCCUUUGCGUUGCACAUGUUUUUGGUCAAUUUCCAAUGGUUACAAUCUCCCAUCUACCCUGACACAUGCCACCUUAUACAGUGUAUAUUGUGUCAAAUACUUCACUAUGAGGUCUUUAUAAAUUAUAUAUCUGCUGGGUCACUGGGAAAAAAAGUUUGCACAUUUAUACAAUUUGAGAUAUUAAAGAUAUAUAUAUAAAUAUA